UCAGUACUUGCAGGGAUCGGAGAACAUUUGUCCGUAGCAUGUGCUUCACUGCUUUCUCAAAGAAAGACACUACCUUGUCCAAGAGAACAAGAAACUCUGGCUUUGGGAAGAGUCCACUACUGUCUUGACCUUGCACAAGCAUAAACAAGGGGUAAUUUUUCUUGCUUGUCGUCGGAAGCAUGGGGUAAACCCCGUGCCCGGUCUGAUGUUUCAAUACGAAGGAACCCGACGGGCCCCUGGUAAAGUCCAAAGUGGCUUGACUCCGAAGACGUUGAGUUAGUAGGGAGUGACGACCUUCGUAUCGUCACCAUGAAUCUUGAGGGUCGAAGAUUUGCCACUGCGGGUUAGGAGCCCGAGAAGAUCAAACGCCAUUGAGCCGAGGACACCGUUCCACCCCUAACCCAAGGGGGAAGUGGUCCGGAGACCUGACAUCAGUCCCCCCGUCACAGAGAAGACGUUCUUGCUCCCCAGCCCUGCAGCCCACCGACGUACCCAAGUCCAGAGUAGGUCACAGAACGUGAAGCCCCCGAGUUCUUCAAUUAGUGCUGAUGGUAGAGCUGGAGCGAGGUUUUCAGGCGACCCGAAGCACGUCCCUGAGCAGUGUGGUUGAUUCUGCGGCAUCCUCAACCACCCAGGGCAGCCCCAGGACCCCUGCAGCGAUGACAAGCGCGUCACUGAGCGGUGUGAUUGAUUCUGCGGCAUCCUCAACCACCCAGGGCAGCCCCAGGACCCCCCCAGUGACCCAGGGUGCAUCGUCCAGCUGGCUCCUCGCUCUUGCUGCAUCCCCAACCACCUUGGUACAAACAGGCAGCCCCAGCAUGCCCACAGCAACCCAAAGGGUCACAAGUGCAGGUACACCCACUCUGCACGCAGCAUCCAGGCGCUGCGAGAAAAAGUGUGCAACGACGCAGACAGCAGGCUUGCAAAGAAAUGCACGUGUGGUCUUUCACUGA